AUGAAGCACAAUCCAAAUGUGACGAGCUCUAGAAGAAAAUGCCGGAAAUUACACUUCAAAUCUCCUUCAAAUAUUCGUCGUAAAAUUAUGAGUGCUCCACUUUCUGUCAACUUGAGAAACAAGCACAAUGUUCGUUCUCUCCCCGUGAAAAAACACGAUGAAGUUCUUGUGGUUCGUGGAAACUAUGCAGGUCGUGAAGGAAAAAUCGUCCAGUGUUAUCGCAAGAACUGGGUCAUUUAUAUCGAGCGUGUCACUCGGAACAAGAUCAAUGGCGUAGCGGCUGAAUCGUGGCACAACACUGUCCAAGUAGGAAUUCAUCCUUCAAACUUGGUUCUCACCAAGUUGAAGCUCGAUGAAGACAGGCUGCAAUUGCUUCAACGUAAGGCUGUCGGUCGCGGUAAAUGUGAUAUGGAAAAAAGAAAUCUUUUAACUGUUGAUGAUGAUGAUGAUGUUGAUAUUGCUGCUUGA